ACGGGAAGCUGACAGGAAGGGGCGGAGCCCACGCCGCCCCGCGCCACUAGGGAGGGAGCGGCCGGAGGGCGCGGAGGGCGCGGAAGCCGCUGCCAGGGUAGCGGGGAACGGGUGGCCACGUCGUCCGGGCCACGGCCCGACCCUGCUCGGGACCGCGCGGAGCUGCGGAGCCCCUCGGCCGAGUGGGACAGCACCAUGGCCCCCGCCGACGUCCCGUCCGCCCUGGCGCUCACGGCCCUGGGCCCCGCGGCCGCCACCCCGUACUGUGCCUUCUGCAAGGGGCUCUCCCGGACCCUGCUCGCCUUCUUCGAGCUGGCCUGGCAGCUGCGCACGAACUUCCCGUACUUCUACAUCGCCGGCUCGGUGAUCCUCAACAUCCGCCUGCAGGUACACAUUUAGAGCCGCGCCUGCCUGGCCGGCCUCCGGGGACCCGCAAGAUGGCCUCCGCCCAGGCCGCCCCGCCCGCCGCGCCGCCGGGGCGCGCGUGAAGAACGGGCAGACUCGCGAGAGCGCGCUCGCGCGCGACCUGCUCCCUGCCUCCCCUGCCUCCCCUGCCUGGGGUUUGGAGGUGCUUUUUGAAAGCUCGCCCGGUCUGUUAAGAGCAAAGACGUUCCAGAAGCAGAGAAACUAAGGCCCAAGGACGUACCUAAGGAAUACGCUUCAGUAAAUCCCUGGCGAAUAUUGGCAUUCACAGAUUGCAUUGUGAGAAAGGGGGGGACAAAAAGGUUUUCAAGAACACAGAUUUACAUCCAAUUUAUAUUCUGAGAAUAUUGGAUUGUCAUUGAAUCAGAGGCCUGAUAUACCAUGAAUGUGACCUGAAAAGUAUAUGUCGCUUCCUCACACAAGAGGAUACAUUGAAACUGGAUCAGAGCCAGACUACAGGAAAGCUUGUCCCCAUUGCCAAAUAUGACAGCGGGAUUUUGAACAAAUGGUGGGAGUGUGAGAAGAUGUCCCUGUCAAAGAGACAUUAGAGCCAAAAAAAAAGUCCAGUCGAAGCAAAAAGAAAGGACUAUUCUCUGCCAGUAAUGCAAACUGAUAGUAAUGCAAAUGGACCAAACAUGGCUUUCUUCUUUAAAGGGAAUUCUUAAUUUCGGUUACAGAGUAAAAUACAGAAGUUACAAACCUUGCGAAAAUACAGUUGACACGUGGAAGGACAAGAAUGUAAAUGAAAUGGUGCUGUCCUUGUGGAGUGGGAGGGUAAUAUAUAUGAUCUGUUGUGAAUGAUUAGGACGUCUUGUGCAUUGUGGACAGCCAGGAACUUUCUAACUGCUAAAAUGGAGGGGGUAACCAGAUGAAAUUAAACAGGAAAUGCCCAAGGAUGGAGUGUACUGAACGUCCAAAAAAGAGCAAAUGCCUGGUGUAUGUGUGAAUGUAUGCUAGAGAUUUUUUCCAAGUCUGGGGUGAGUUAGUACUUAUAUUUAUAAACCCCAUGAGAAAUAAAAUAGUCAAAAGUUAUACUGUCAUACCUCAUGUGACUAAUACUGUACCUGUAAUAUAAGUACUUGGUUCACAAGAAAUGAUAAUGUAACAUUGGGUAGCUUGAAGAGGGAAAGGCUGUGUGUUGAUGGGAAGUCCAUCAGGAGCUGUUACAGAGAGAGGACUAGAGAUUUGGUUCAGUUGUAGAGUGUUGCCUAGCAUGCCCAAAGCUCUAUGUUUGGUCCCCAACUCUACAAAAAAAGAUCAGAUAUAUAAAAGGAAGCAUAAACUAUGAUUAGAAAAAUCAAUGCAGAAACAUCUAAGAGUUAAAAUCGUUAUUUCUGAAGAAAAGAAAUUGAAAUAGAGGAAAAGCAACGGUUUGUUCAUUUUUGUUACUAAUCUAACACUGUUAUGUGAUUCAUAUUUAAUCAUGAAUAUGAUUUUCUUAAAGUCUAAUUUAAAAUAGUUCCCCAGGUAAUUAUGUCUGCUACAGUUUAAAUGAUGCACAAAGAUCAUGGGAUUGAAACUAAAUCAUACAGAACACUGUUCCUGCUUGAUAAUAUAUAUGAAUACAGAAACAUUCUACCUACUCUCGCUUGGAAAUCAUUUUCAUUUCUACUUGUGAUUUUCCUUACAUAUAAAUGUAAUUGUAUUUGUUCUAAACUCAUGUAAGAUGAAUAUAUGCUGCUACAGACUUGA